GGGAGCGCCAGCAUGCCUUCUGCUUUCCAGCUUCAGUGCCGCUUCGUCCUCAUCCUCCUGGCAGCCCUGAAGGGGGAAACCCGGUACCUAGAGGUGAGGGAUGCUGGCGAAGAUGAGCCUUUUCUGCUCCUUAGCGAAGAUCUGAAGCGAGAGCUGUCUGCAGGGCAGAUCUACCGGCGGUCGCUCAGGUGCAUCGACAUGCUGAGCAUAGAGGGGCAGUUCAGCUUCACCGCCGAGCAGCCCCAGCUGCACUGUGCCACCUUCUUCAUCGGGGACCCCGAGGAGCUCAUCACCAUAGACUAUGACUUUGUGAACAUCGACUGCCACGGAGGCGAUUUCCUCAAGGUAUUUGAUGGCUGGAUACUCAAAGGAGAAAAAUUUCCUAGUUCCUUGGACCAUCCCCUCCCAACUUCCCAAAGAUACGUAGACUUUUGUGAAAGUGGCAAUAUUCAGAGGACCAUCAGAUCAUCGCAGAAUGUCGCAAUGAUCUUCUUCAGGAUUCACCAGCCAGGCAAUGGAUUUACUGUCACUGUCAAGAAAAAUGCUAAUCUUUUCCCUUGCAAUGUCAUCUCUCAGACUCCUUCUGGAAGAUUUACCAUGGUCAUUCCUCAUCAGCACAGAAACUGCAGCUUUUCUAUAAUUUACCCCGUGGUGAUAAAAAUAUCUGAUCUUAUCCUGGGACAUUUAAACGGCCUCUUUUUAAAGAAACCAUCAGCAGGCUGCACAGGAGUGGGAGAUUUUGUAGAGCUGUUGGGAGGAACUGGCUUAGACCCUUCCAAAAUGUUUCCACUAGCUGAUCUCUGUCACUCCUUUCAUGGAUCUGCCCAAAUGAAGAUUGGCUGUGACAAUACAGUACUACGAAUGGUCUCCAGUGGCAAACACGUCAAUCGUGUGACAUUUGAGUAUUAUCAACUUGAUCUGCAGGAACUAGAAAACAGAAAGGAGAACAGCAUUGAGGAAUUCUGCUUACCUAGUAUCUGAUAAGCCAAGCAACACAUUUUCACACAGCAAAUGAAAAUAAAGUUCUGCUGGAUUCAAAAAAUGUGCUUUUCUUUUAACCAACUGCUAUUAUCAAACCUUUCUACAGUACAGGCGUAUUUUUCUUUUCAUACAAAUCAAUCAUUCCCAUGAGCAAGCAGGAAAAAACAACAAAUAUAUUAAUCUUUGCUAUCUCUAUAAUAUUUUUUCUGCAGUAUUUAAGCUCGUUUACUAUAUCCAAAAUCAAUAGCAUGAACAGAAGACUAUGUUUCCAGUGUAACUAUGACUAGGGAAACAGAUACAAACCCUCUGUGUAUCUAAUCUGAGCACAUACAAAACCCACAAAUAGUAUAAACUUCAUGCAGGAACUUUAUUCUUUUGUAUCAGAUACAAACAGAAAAAAAUAAGAUGGUGGAAUACACUUCCAGUUUUGUAACCAGAAAUCCAACAUUAGUGUGUGUAAAAAUUACUCAUUUGUUUAUGACUCUAAAUGUACUAUUUAAUGAUAUGUUUUUAAUAAAA